AUGGCUAGGCAAUGGGUUUUGAAUAGCCAAGAAGGCUUUGAGGUAUCGCUAGAAUAUCAGCAAUAUGAUAUUGUGCCAUCUCCUAACAAACUAGCCCCUCAUGAGGUCCUAGUUAAGUUGCGCGCUGCCAGUCUCAACUAUCGUGAACUUAUUAUUGCUGGUCCGAUGGGCCUCAAUGGACCGAUAACCCCACCUGUCGUUCCAGGAUGUGAUGGUGCGGGUAUCGUGGAGGCAGUUGGCUCGUCUGUCCAGGACUUUCGGCCCGGAGAUCGUGUUGUUACGCACGCCGAUCCAAAAGCCGCUGAGGAGAAAGGAGAUAAUGCAUUCUCUAGUGUUUCCGACGUUCCUUUAAUGCUGGGACAAGGAACGGAUGGAACCCUGCGAUCAAACGGCGUUUUCCCUGAGACAGCUCUUGUCCACGCCCCUAAAUCUCUAGAUUGGCUACCUGCAGCAACUCUAACUUGUACAUGGACAACGGCAUGGAAUUCACUUUUUGGCCUGAAGGGCAGGGAAGUCGGUCCAGGUACGUGGGUACUCGUUCAGGGCACAGGAGGCGUUAGCAUUGCCACAUUGCAGCUGGCAGUAGCAGCUGGAGGUACCGUCGUUGCCACGACUUCGACGGAAGAAAAAGCCACUCGUUUGAAGAACCUUGGGGCGGCUAAUACAAUUAACUACCGCUCGAACGCUGAUAACUGGGGCAAGGAAGCCAGGCGAUUGACCCCCGAGGGACGUGGUUUCGAUAUUAUCGUUGACAUUGGUGGCAAUCAAACCUUGCCCCAGUCCCUAGCAGCCGUACAGACGGAUGGCGUUAUUCUAGUGAUUGGAGGAGUUGGAGAUACAGCCGAGCCGGUGCCUUUGUUUGCCACUCUUUUGCAUACUUGUAUUGUUCGCGGCAUUCUUGGAGGAAACCGAAGCCAGUUCAAAGAGCUAGUGCGUUAUAUAGACGAGAAGAAGAUUGUUCCUGUGGUGGAUGAUGUGGUAUUUGAGCUGGCAGAGGCCAAAGAUGCUUAUAGGCGUCUCAAAGACAAGAAACAUUUCUCCAAGGUAGUUAUUAGGAUUGAUCACUGA